AUGAUACUUGUACUGUCCAUAACUCUACCAAUAUUCUUGAUUUUCUACAUCCUCCACAAAACCCCAACUCGGGCAAAAACCACUCUACCACCGGGCCCGCCGCCUCUGCCGCUGAUCGGAAACCUCCAUCAGCUCGGCACGGCGGCCGACCCUCACAUCUACCUCCACCAACUCUCCAAAAAAUAUGGCCCCAUUAUUCACAUGAAACUAGGCUCAGUUCCUGUCCUUGUAAUUUACUCAGCCAAAUUAGCCAAACAAGUAUUGAAAACUCAAGAUUUGGCAUUCUGCAGCAGACCAAAAUUACUAGGAACGCAGAAACUAUCCUACUACCGCUCCGACCUCGCAUUCACACCGUACAACGAAGACUGGAGGGAGAUGAAAAAGAUAACUCACAUUCAUUUGGUAAGCAACAAAAGGAUUCAAUCUUUUCGCCCCAUCCGCGAAGAGGAGAUCUCUCGUAUGAUCACCAACAUUUUAUCUGCCUCUUCUUCCUCAUUGAAUCUGAGCGAGGUGGCGAUGGCCGCCAGCAGCCGUAUGGUGUGCAGGGUUGCUUUUGGUAAAAGAUACGAGGAGGGCGGGCCGGGGAUGAAGAGAUUCUAUCAGAUUCUGAAAGGAUUCGACAGCCUCACCACUUCUUUCUUUGUGUCUGAUUACUUUCCUGCUUUGAGUUUCGUUGAUAAGUUCAGUGGCAGAAUGAAUAGUGUGGAUGCGGUGUGUAAGGUCAUGGAUUCGUUCUAUCAAGAGCUCAUCGAUGAGCACCGCGAAUCGAGGAGGAUGGAAGAGGAGGAAGACAUGCUUGCUGUGUUGAUCAAGCUUAAAGAGGAUCACUCUUCUUAUAGUGCUCUCACUUGGGAUAGCAUCAAGGCCCUUCUAAUGAAUAUGAUCAUAGCUUCAGCAGAGACAGUUCCAGCUGCAACGAUCUGGACAAUGACAGCUCUGAUGAAAGCACCAAAAGCACUGGAAAAGUUGCAAAAGGAAAUGAGAAGUUUGGUAGGAGAAAAGGGGAGAGUAGAAGAAGAUGAUCUGCCAAAACUUCCAUAUCUAAAAGCAGUAAUAAAUGAGAGUUUGAGGUUAUACCCACCGGCCCCGCUGCUUAUACCAAGAGAAACGAUGGAUGUAUGUCGUCUUGAUGGCUAUGAAAUCGGCCCCAAAACAAUGGUUUAUGUCAACGCGUAUGCUGUAGGUAGAGAUCCCGAGUACUGGGAAAAUCCAGAUGAGUUCAUUCCGGAGAGAUUCUUGAAUAGUAGUAUUGACCCGAAGGGGCAAGAUUUCGGGCUCAUUCCAUUUGGGUCGGGCAGAAGAAUGUGCCCUGGCAUGUCUAUGGGAUAUUUGACAACUCAGCUUUUGGUUGCAAAUUUAGUGUAUAGUUUUGAUUGGGAAUUGCCUAGAGGAAUUCAUGCACAAGACUUGGAUAUAAAUCCAACGAAUGGAAUCGCAGUGCAUAGGAAAAAUGCCCUUCUACUUGUGCCUAAGAGUUAUGCUGCUUAGUGUGUGUGUGUGUGUGUGUGAUCUUCUAUUUUACAAAUAGUAUUAAUAAAAGGGCAGCAGAUUAUCAUGGUAAA